AUGGAGCGCCUUGGACAGCUUCGUCUUGAAGACAAUAACCUCACAGGUGCCGUUCCGACGGGGCUGGCAAACUUGAGUGCUCUUUCGACGCUUCAGGUCGGCAACACCAGAUCGAAGGCCAUCUUGCGCCGUGGCAACAAGCUUACCGGAGGACCGGCGAAGGGCGAGGCACUUGGCGCGUGGAAAGAUCGAAUAUUGCGCAAACAGCAGGCAGUCAAGGAUCAGCAAAAGGAGGCGCAAGCUCCUGAGCCUCCGCCGUCUACUCCUCCCCGCCUGCUACCGCAGCAGCAGGAGGCAGGUGAGAGCGACCAAAAAGAGGAGAACGCCCCCAUGCCGCUUGGCUCCUCAACUCAAGGAGAGGAGGUGAUGGAGGACAGGGCCCCUUCUCUGGAACAUGCUUUCUUGUCCCCAAGGAAGGAACAAGAAGUGGACCGAUUCUUCCGAGCGCAGCUUUCGUCCUCGGCAGGGUUGGGUUCACCCAUCAGGGAGAACCCUGAAUCGCUGGAGGACAAUGCAACGCAUGGAGGAACUUCGCCCGCGUUUUGGAGUGUGUAUUACACGGCCGUUAGAACCGGCCUCUGCGAGGGGUACCUCGCUGCCAGCGUCAUCAACAGUGACUGGGUGUCCGCGAGCAAGACCGGCAGCAUAGGCGAGGUGGGUGCCGCCGUUAGGGCCAGAGCAAGAGCGGCCUUCAAGCUGCUGUCUAGCACAGUUCCCGUGGUCGGCGGACUGCCCGAACUAGCUGGUAAAGCGUUGGAGAUCGGAGACCACUACCUUCAAAGUCGGCGAUUGGUUAAGCACAGGAAUAUCGAUACCAAGCUCCGGAAGGGCGGUAGCCUUGUCAAAUCAAGCAGAUCGAGCGUCGCAACGUCGAACACGCCGAAGGAAAUGAUCGUCCGAUCGCCUGUUGUUGUGGCGACCGCCCACGACAACGGGUUGCCCUCAAGGGAACAGAUUGCCGCCAUGCAAGCUUCGUCGGAAGCUUUGAAGUUCGACAGGGAAACACAGCAAGCAGAGCUGGAAGAGUUGCAAGCCGCCAAGGACAAGCAGCAAGAAGAGCUGAAAGCAAUGAGAUCAGCGAACAAGAAGCUCCAGCGGAAGGUGAGGCCGUAG